AUGGACACCACUUCGAAACGAGGUGCCAGUCCUUCUGUCGGCACGUCGCAGGAAGAGCGGGACCGCAAUGUCUUGCGUCUCGCUCCUGAUAAGAAGGCAUGGAUGCCUCCAAAAUCCGUCAUGGAUCACUUUUCGGCGACGACGAGUGAUCGUUAUCGAACACGAUUGUUCGAUUCGUCGAGGAAUCAUCACCUUGACCCCAGCGCGAAAAACUGUCGCGCUGAAAGUGAAUUCUUCAUCGAUGCUUUCUUUAGACAUCGAUGGUACAGUGGGAAUCACAAACGUGAUGGUCCCUCACUGCUUCAGGCGUGGAACGCCUACAUCCAUAACCUCGAGGAUGUAGGUCGUGACGCUUGGGACGACAAACUUAUCAAAGCUCGUGAUAAGUUUGAAAAGCGAGCCCCGACUGGUGCACGCUACAAGCUGCAUAGUCUGUCAAGGGAGAAGUAA